GCACCUCACCAAACCCUAGCUCGUUUGAAGCGAGAAGAGCAAUCGAGAGAGGGUGUCACGUGGCCAAUCCAAUUCACUCCCCAACUACCACCCUUGAUCAAUGUGGGGACAACCAAUUGGAUUCAAUAAGAAGGCAUGAGAUGCGUUCCUCAGCUAAGGGAUCUCACGGGGCGCAGUGUCUGAUCUUGAAGCAUCAACCGUUUUACGCCGCCCAGCCAUUGGUUCAGCCCUAAAAAAGCCGCCCCGCACUAACCAACCUCAAGCGUUCACACCGCCUUCAUCCUCAAUCCCUCAAUCCAACUCCCCAGCACCCAAUCCCCUCCGGAAUACACGUCCAAAAUGCCACCACCAAACGACAUCCUCUCCGACGCCGACAUCGCGCAAGCGUACGAAGACGUACGCUACGACAAGUCCGAGACCACGUGGCUGGUGCUCAAAUACGCGAGCGCAACGUCGGAUUCGCUUCAGCUGGAUAAGACGGGAACGGGCGAUAUUGCGGAGCUGUGCGAGAGUCUGGGGGACGACGAGGCGGCGUAUGCGUAUGUGAGGCAAAAGAUCGGGAAUGAUGAGUAUUCGGAACGGACAAAGUUUGUGUUUAUUGUGUGGCAGGGGCCGAAGACUGAGGUGAUGCGGAAAGCGAAGAUGAGCUUUCAGAGCGGCCAGGUCAAGCAAGUCAUCCGGGCAUAUGCCGUGGAGAUUCAGACGAGCGAUAAGAAAGAACUUGAAGCCGACCAGGUCAAUAUGAAGCUGCGACGAGCGAUGGGCGCUAACUAUGACCGGCAAGGCUCCAAUUACUGAUGUUAGUGCGCAACUUUAAGUCAGAGUUAACGAAUAGAAUUACAAUCUUAUUCACGUCGGAUGGAGCCAUCGCCAAGCUCCUGUUCAUAUCUUUUGUGCGCUUUAUCAUCAAGAACGCUCCGUAUCUGUACCUCAAGAUUCGACCGCUUCGUGGCCCUUCAU